AUGGAUGGCCACCGCGACAAGGAGGUCGCCGCCUCGCCGCUCCUCGCGGCGCCCACGCAGGCGGCGGGCGGAAGGCGACGAAGCCACGCCGCCGACGUGCACAUCCUCUGCACGGCCUUCCUCUUCGUCUUCUCGGCCUACAGCGCCGCCCAGAACCUCGAGAGCACAGUCAACACGGAGGGCGACCUGGGCACGGUCUCGCUGGGGAUUCUCUACACCUCCUUCACGCUCUUCUCGGUGGUCGCGUCGCCGGUGGUGACGCGGCUGGGACCCAAGCGCGCGCUCGUCGUCGGCACCAGCGGCUACGUGCUCUUCAUCCUCGCUAACCACUUCCCGUCAUGGUACACAAUGGUGCCUGCUUCAUUGUACCUUGGUUUUUGUGCAUCCAUCAUUUGGGUUGGGCAGGGUACAUAUCUAACAUCAGCUGCCCUUAGUCAUGCAAGAGACAAUAAUUUACCUGAGGGUCCGACUUUGGGGAAAUUUAAUGGAGAGUUUUGGGGAAUUUUUGCUAGCACGCAGGUACUUGGAAAUUUGCUCUCGCUUGCUCUACUGAGAAACGGAAAGGCCAUGCUGAUCCUGAUGACCACCGCCCUCUUCAUCUCAUGUGGCGCAUUCCUGUUCCUCACAAUUGUUACCGAAAAGCCAUCGACUCUCGCGGCGGCCGCCGGCGACGUCGAGGAGGCUGCGCCCUUGCUGGUCCCCGACCCCGGCGCCCGCCGCGCGUCCGCCUCGGCGACGGCGGCCUCCCGCGACGUGCACCUGCUGAGCUCCGCCUUCCUCUUCGUCUUCCUCGCCUACCACGCCGCGCAGAACCUCCAGAGCACCGUCAACACGGACGAGAACCUGGGCGACAUCUCGCUGGGCGUGCUCUACACGUCCUUCACGGCGUUCUCGGCGGUGGGCUCCGCGGUGGUGCGGUGGAUAGGGUCCAGGCGCGCGCUCGUGGUCGGCACCUCCGGCUACCUCCUCUUCAUCGCCGCCAACCUCGCACCCUCCUGGUACACAAUGGUGCCAGCUUCACUCUACCUUGGUUUUACUGCAUCGAUCAUUUGGGUUGGGCAGGGUACAUACCUUACAUUAGCUGCCCUCAGUCAUGCAAGAGAAAAUAAUUUGCCCGAGGGUCCAACUUUAGGGAGCUUCAAUGGGGAGUUUUGGGGAAUGUUUGCUAGCACACAGGUGAUUGGAAAUCUGAUCUCGCUUGCUUUGCUGAGAAAUGGAAAGGAUGGUGGAAGUGUCACAGGGAAAAAUCUUCUGUUUGCUGUGUUUCUUGGUUUUAUGAUUGUGGGCAUUGUAUUAAUGUGUUUACUUUCGAAAAGAGAUGAGAAAAGAAAUAAUACUCCAACACAUUCCUCAUUUGGAGCUAUGUUAAAGUACAUCAUCGCCCCACUUAAGGACCAAAGAAUGCUUCUUACCAUUCCUCUUAUAGCAUAUUCAGGUUUACAACAGGCAUUUGUAUGGGCGGUAUUCACAAAGAGUAUUGUAACACCUGUUCUUGGCAUCAGCGGCGUUGGUGGAGCCAUGGCAAUUUAUGGUGCAGCAGAUGUAGUGUGCUCAUUGAUUGCUGGACGAUUAACCUCAGGACUUCGCUCAGCAGCAUUUAUAGUUUCUGUUGGGGCUAUUCUUCAGGCCGUAGUCCUAUUCUGGUUGCUUCUUUUUUACAGUCCAAUGGAUGGACUGCUUGGCGCAGCGAUACCACUAUUCAUAGGUGCCUUGUGGGGUGUUGGUGAUGGUGUCUUGAAUACACAGUUAAGUGCAUUACUUGGGCUGCUGUUCGAAGAUGUCAAGGAGGCUGCCUUUGCACAGUUGAAGGUGUGGCAGUCGGGCGCCAUCGCAGUCAUCUUUUUCCUGAGCCCAAGCAUCGCGCUGCAAGCCAUGCUUAUCCUGAUGGCCGCGGCCCUCGUCAUCUCCUUUGGCUCAUUCCUGUUCCUUACCAUUGUCGUUGAGAAGUCAUCACCCGUCAUCGCCUGA